AUGCAGAGUUCAGCAUUAGUAGAAAGUCUAAUUGCAGUAAAAGUGGCAGCUGAGAACAGUGAAGAGGGCAACAGCUGUAUUGUUUCUGAAAGAAAUUCAGUCAAAGCUUUAUCAGAAGAGGCUUGGGACUCAGGGUUUGUGGGGAACUUGCCUAGAACUGCUGACAAAGAGAAUGCGUUACAAAGUAGCUCAAAAACGCCUUUGCACCAGGAUUUAGAGGCAAAUGAACAAGAUGCAAGGCCAAAGCAAGAGAACCAUCUUCACUCACUAGGAAGAAAUAAGGUGGGUUACCAUUUAUAUCCCAGUGAUAAGGGCCAGUAUGAUCAUUCCAAAGAUGGUUGGUUAGCCCCCAGCCCCAUGCCAGCUCUGCACAAAGCAUCUAACGGACAUUCACGAACCAAGACGAUAUCAACCUCCAUCAAGACUGCUCGGAAAAGUAAAAGGGCAUCAGGGUUGAGGAUAAACGAUUACGAUAACCAGUGUGAUGUUGUUUAUAUCAGUCAACCAAUAACAGAAUGCCAUUUUGAAAAUCAAAGAUCAAUAUUAUCAUCUCGGAAAACAGCCAGAAAGAGUACUCGAGGGUAUUUUUUCAAUGGUGAUUGUUGUGAGUUGCCAACUGUUCGCACACUGGCCAGAAAUUUACACUCCCAGGACAAAGCCAGCUGCUCAACACUGGUGUCAGAGGCAGUAGUUGCUCCCAAGCAGACCCUUACAGUUUCAGCCCCUAGACCUAUAGUAGAUGUGCAGCUUCCUAGAGAAGACAGCCCUGAAGAACCUAAUCAGGAAAUUAUCCCCCACAAGGAAGGAGACAGAAACAGUUCAUCUGAAAAAGAAUCUCAACAGCCUGAGGUUUGCCCCGUGAUGGAUGAGCUGAAUCAGAACAAUAUCCCCAAGUCAAAGGAAAUGAUAGCCUCCAGCCUGGAGUGGCCUCUCCCUGCUCACCUCCCUGAAGAGGACAUGCCAGAAGACAGCACCAUGGUCUCAGCUCUCACAGCAAGUAGGGUAUCUUCCCCUGAGCAAGACCAACAACCACUUGAACUGCUAGAUACAGAGGAGAUGAGUGCUUCCCAAGGCUGUCACCUGGUUCCCCCUACUGAGAGCAUUUCUGAGGGAAGCAAUGAAGUUCUUUCUUCUAAAAUAGUCAGUAGAGAAGAAGGUCCUCUUUGCUCAGAAAAUCAAAGUCACCCAGUGGACUCGAAGCCUCUUGUGAGUCCAGGAAAGGCUGAGGAAAGUGAAAGGAUCAGUUCUGAGGCCGAGACAAGUAUUGAAGACAUUCAGGACCUCAGUACUUACUCACUCUUGAGGGAAAAUAGUGUUUUUACUAAUGAAAACCCCAGUGAAGUUGAGGAAAGGAAGGCAACAGGUGAUACAGGAAAAUUAGAAGAAGGGAGUGAUGUCAGACAUCCUUCAAAAAAAGGUACACGUGAUCAAAACAUUGAAUCUCCUGAAGAGAAUUUGGACAAGAAGAAAAAAGGUAAAAAAUUCCCCGAGGCCUCUGAUAGGUGCCUGAGAAGUCAGCUUUCGGACUCUUCCUCUAUUGAUAGGUGCCUGAGAAGUCAGCUUUCGGACUCUUCCUCUGCUUGUCCUGAGAUCAAAGUUUGUAAAAGUUAUACUGCAAGACGUUCUAAAAAAGAAGGGUACCCUAGUAGGACAGCACCUGAUGACUUUCUGGCGGGCAGUUUCCGUACAAAAUCUCUGGAGAACACUGAAAACCCAAAUGUCGAUGAAAAUCCCUCUGAGAGAGAUGCUGAGCAGAAGGGUGACAGAGGGGGAAUCAUCACCAGGCAGACUUUUAAAAACAUGCUGGCAAAGGAAGUCAAGGCAGAAAAACGAGAAAUCGUCCUCAGCAGUGAUCCCAUGACAGUUGGCCAGCCCCUGCCUGGAGAGAGACUGGAAAUCUGUGUUCAGUCUAAGAUAUGUGUGAAAAACGCUCAUGUUCCCUCUGAAAGAAUUCCUUGUAAGAGAGAGCCAGAACAAUCCAAAGAGAAGCCAAGACAUAUGCCCAAACAGGACAUGGAAAAGGCUGUCAGUGAGGUAGACAGUGAAAGCCCCCAGCGUGAAGAAGGUGGUAACGAUGCACCAUCUAGCUCACUUGAAUUGUCCAGUAGUGGACAUGGUGAUACUGCUGAGCCACCAAAAGUGAUACCAAGGCCUAAAAGAGUGACUUCUUCAACCUACAAUCUAAGACACCCCCAUUCGCUGGACUCCGUGGAAACUACAAGAGUGACUUUAGAAAAGGAAGGUGCCCUAGUAAACCCGAUGCCGAAGGAAAAUGAAGCUUCCGAGAGUGGAGAACCCUUAGAAGAGGACAAUGUGGACAGAGUGUUAGACGACCAACCAAAGUUUGUAGAAUGGUGUGCUGAAGAGGAGAACCAAGAGCUGAUUGCCAACUUCAACGCCCAGUACAUGAAAAUUCAGAAGGGCUGGAUCCAGUUGGAGAAAGAAGCACAGCCAACACCAAGAGCAAGGAACAAGUCGGAUAAACUGAAGGAGAUUUGGAAAAGCAAGAAAAGGUCACGGAAAUGCAGGGGUUCAUUGGAAGUUCAAAAGUUUUCGCCUGUUCAGAUGCUAUUUAUGACGAACUGUAAAUUAUCUGCUGUCUGUAAAUGGUUCUUAGAGACGACUGAAACCCGAUCUCUGGUGAUUGUGAAGAAGCUCAAUACUCGUCUUCCAGGAGACACCCCCCCUGUUAAGCAUCCUCUUCAGAAAUACCCUCCUUCCAGCCUGUACCCAAGCUCACUCCAGGCUGAGCGCUUGAAAAAACACUUAAAGAAAUUCCCUGGAGCAACUCCUGUUAGGAAUAAUUGGAAAACACAGAAGCUCUGGGCUAAAUUUCGAGAGAAUCCUGAUCAAGUGGAGGCAGAGGAUGGUAGUGAUGUCAGCCUCGGCCCUAACUCUGAAGGCAGUGAAGAGGAAGUCAAAGAAGAGCGGAAGAGCCAUCCUCCCGCAAACUGGCCUACUCCCGCCAGUACUCGGAUCCUUAGAAAAUAUUCCAAUAUUCGAGGAAAGCUUAGAGCCCAGCAGCGUUUGCUCAAGAAUGAGAAAAUAGAAAGCCCGCUUGAUGUAGCUGUGGAAAGUAAACAGAGUCGUAAGAGUGUGUGCAUCAACCCUCUGAUGUCCCCCAGGCUUGCCCUGCAAGUAGAUGCAAAUGGGUUUCCUGUCAAGCCCAAGAAUACCGAGGGAGUGAAGGGACGGAAAGGGAAGCAGGUGUCUGAAAGCCUGCUGACAGCAGAAGUUCCGAAUAAAAGAAAGAGAACAGAAGGCAACACUCAGGACAGGUCUCUUCCCUCCAGCAAGGACAAGGGACCCGCAGUGAAAGCCAGCAAAGAAAAGCAUGUUGACGGAUCCACCAAAACCCCUGCUGCCAAGAAGCCAGCUUCAAGAGACAAAAUCAGCCAACUGCCCAAAAAGAUCUCUCUGAAAGAAAAUAAAGUGAAGAUCCCUAAAAAGUCCCCUGGGAAGGGCUGCCCUCCCUCCAGGAAAGAAAAAGAGAGCACCAACAAAAGACCCACCCAGCCCACCGUCUCAGAAACACCGCCUAAAACGGCAAAGCAUAAAGGGGCAGGUGAAUCCUCUUCAAAGCCACAGAAGUCCAUGAACAGGAAGCAGAGCAGUGGGAAGGCUCGGGCCAGAUCCUCAGUGAAAAGCCCAGAGAAUAGUGCUGCCCAGAGAAAGCGAAAGCUGAAGGCUAAGCUGGACUCUUUCCACAGCAAACGCAGACGGCUGGAUGCCAAGUGAUUUGCAGGAUGGCAGCCAGAGUGAAACUAUUGCCUAGAAGUAACCCUUUAUUUUGCAUUAACUGAAUCUGCUUUUAUAAGCUUACCAAGCCUUUCAAACCUGCAGCUAAUGGAGAACACCACAGUUUGAGGUGUCAGCAAAUCCAUCUCAGAUGGAGAAGGGAACUUGCAGAGUCUUUCUCUGAGGCUGAGUAAGGGAAGUUAUAUAUUAUAUUCUGGUUGUUCCUUGGGUUUUGAACUUGGAACCAAGCAGUUUUAGUUUUUAAAAGUACAGUGCCUUAUUUAUCCUUUUUGUUUUUAAAUUUACAAAAGCUAAAAAGCUGAUCUAUGUGAUUAAAGGCUUGUAUUUUAUACUUGAUGCACAAGCACUUGUACUGUAGCCGAGAAGACCCCCCUCAUACACAUCAAAGUAGCUUUUCAGCAACUACACUGCAGCAUCCGUACAUGAACGGAUACCAUUUUGCAAACCCCAGCCGUAAACUUCCCUCUCUACCUUACCUGUUUGUUUGUUUAAGUAAUAUUUGAAAGCUAAACCAAAUCAUUUUUAUGAUAUAUGGAGAAUGCAGAGGGGAUUUGUAGUUAUUAUAAAAGAUUAGUAUUUCUGUUACCCCCUUUUUAAAAAAAAA